CCUGCCGGCUCCUCCACCCCCCCCCCCCCCCCCGCCCCCACCCAAAGUCCACCGGUUCCGCCAGGCCGCCGAUUCUCUCUCGGUUCAGUGGGGUGGAGAUCCAUCAUGAGUUGACAGCAGUUUCUCCGUUUUUGCGGGACAAGAAAGUCUCCUGGCAUCUUUGUUUUUUCAGAAACCUUUCUGUGGAUGUCAAGCUGGUAUUAAAAGUAGCUCCAAAUGUCAGGGAUUGCAGCAAUUUGGCGUCGGUCAUCUCAAUCAUCUGCUAGUCAGAGUCUAAUGGAGACAUUUGUUGGCCCAUCUGUGUCUUCUGGUGCUUUGAGAUGGUUCAGCAGCUGUGCUAAGCGCUCAAGAAAACCUGAUAUUACAGUUGUUGACCAGAUUAAGGUGGUGGGUCGGUGUUCUGCAGUUAAUGAUGUGGCAAGGACCAGAAGAUUGCCCCUUUCAAGUCGUAUGGACACUAAUUGGUUGAUUGUGCCAAAGUCCAGACAUGGUGCUUUGCCAGGUUUCCUAGGCAUUUCAAGCUUCCAUCGUGGAUACUCCUCAGAUACUGGAAUCAAGCCAGAAGCUUCUCAGAGUGCUGUCUCUAAUGUUCCUUCUACAGAAAGCUCUGAGGUUGGCACUGCAGGUGGUGGUGGGGGUUCUUGGAUUGAGAUCUUGGAUAAUGCUCGCAAGUCUACAGUAGAUGCUACCACUGAUGCAGGCAAGAAAGUUAAGGAGCUGACUGAUGCAGUUACACCUCAUAUCCAACAGCUAUUCGAUACAUAUCCAAAUCUUGAAAAGGUAGUUGUUCCACUUGGGGGAACGCUGUGUGGUACGAUGAUGGCAUGGUUGGUCAUGCCUAUCAUUCUAAGGAGGCUUCACAAGUACACGUCACAGAGUCCUAUAGCAGCACUUUUGGGGAAUUCAACCAAGAAUGAUGUUUCGUACCAAACUAGUCUCUGGUGUGCUUUAGAGGAUCCUGCGAAAUACCUUAUCACAUUUAUGGCAUUUUCAGAGAUGGCCACCCUUAUUGCACCAAGCAUAUCAACUUAUCUUCCACAGGCAUGGAGGGGUGCAUUUGUGCUUUCUUUUGUAUGGUUCCUUCAGAGGUGGAAAACAAACUUCAUUGCUAAAGCCAUGACCAACCCAGAUGCCCCAAGUGUGGACCGUGACAGAAUAUCAGCAUUCGAUAAGGUUUCUUCAUUGGGACUGAUUGGACUAGGAGUAAUGGGUCUUGCUGAAGCUUGUGGUGUAGCUGUUCAGUCGAUAUUAACUGUAGGUGGUGUGGGAGGUGUUGCUACUGCUUUUGCUGCUAGAGAUGUCCUUGGUAAUAUUCUCAGUGGGUUCUCCUUGCAAUUUUCUAAGCCAUUCUCAGUUAACGACUACAUAAAGGCGGGGCCAAUAGAAGGCAAGGUGGUAGAAAUAGGACUCACUUCUACUUCAUUGAUCAAUCCAGAAAAGCUCCCUGUCAUAGUACCCAACUCUUUGUUCUCCAGUCAGAUGAUAGUAAACAGAUCACGAGCCGAUUGGCGAGCUAGUGUGACAAAGAUUCCUAUACGAAUUGAGGAUAUUGAGAAGGUUCCUUCUGUAUCAGAGGAGAUAAAGGUUAUGUUAAGGUCCAAUCCAAAUGUGUCCAAUAGUGAUGUUCCUUAUUGCUAUCUCUCACGAUUGGAAAGUUCAUAUGGAGAGCUCACCAUUGGAUGCAACCUAAAAAACAUGAGAAAAGAUGAGUGGCUAUCUGCCGAACAAGAUAUUCUUUUGGGAGCUGCUAGGAUUAUCAAGUCGCAUGGCAUUGAACUGGGAAGCACUAUGCAGUGCUGUUAAUUCACCCUUCUGGGACUUCAAGUUGGGUAUAUUCCGUUAGACUACAGAACUGUGGAACUGCGUACUGACCUACGUGGCGGUGGCGCCUGGAGUUUUGCUUACGGUUGCGUUGGCAAGAACGUCCGUGUGCUAUGUCUUUUGGACCAUCUGACACCUCCUAUCACCGAUAGAUAUUUUUGUUACUGUCAUUGCCUGUUUGGAACCUAGGUAUGGUAAUUGACCCGUUUCUGUGGGGGGCUUCACUGUCCACUGGCCGUGGGUGAGCGGAUUGUUGCUCCAUUUUGGUGAAAAUGUCCGGUUUUAACCUCGAAACGUACGGUUUUGUCUAGCUCUAACCUGACAAUCAUCCCGAAUGAGUAGUGUUCGACGCUGUCCAUUUCUGCCAUGCAUCAGCAUUUUUCUAGUGAACUAUAACGUUCACUUUUUCUUUAAUCCUCGGAACUCACUAUGUUGGCACCUAAGCAUGUGUGCCAGAAUUGUCUUGAACAAAUAAAAUAUUGUGGUAUGGUCGCA